GCUAAAAUGGUCCAUCAUCCUCCCAAAAAUAGAAUAAUCCACUUCCUCCCAUCACAUCCGUGUGGAAAACACACUGACUCAGAGUCCUCCGCACUGAGGAAAUGGUGUUUACAUGCGCAAACAAAUUCCCCCACUAACUCAUAAAAACCCCCAAAACUCCUUCAUCUUCAAUUCAUAUCCCCACACCCAAAUUCUCACUCUCAAACCUUCUUCAACCUCUCGCCAACACAGAAAAGAAAAACUAGUCAAAUAUCAUUACUUCUUAGAAACCAUAAAAGCACCGAUUUUUACCUCCAAACAGCAUCGAAACGCAAAACCCAGAUGAUCAUUUGACCAGAUCCGACUCAGUUUAAGAUGGGUCACGCAAACCUCCCGGCUUCAAAGCGCGUGAGCUCCACGCGCCAAUGGCGGAUCCUUGACCUUGUCUCCGCGGCGUUCUUCGGCCUCGUAUUCCUCUUCUUUGUGCUCGUCUUCACCCCUCUAGGUGACUCACUUGCCGCUUCCGGCCGGCAGACGCUGCUUCGGUCCGGCUCCGAUCCGCGACAGCGCCACCGACUCGUGGCGGCGAUUGAAUUGGGGCAACAAAUGAGCGUGGAGGUGUGCCCUGCCGACAUGGUGGACCACAUGCCAUGUGAGGAUCCCAGGCUCAACAGUCAGCUGAGCAGGGAAAUGAAUUACUAUAGAGAGAGGCAUUGCCCGCCGCCGGAGGACACUCCACUCUGCCUUGUUCCGCCGCCUACCGGGUACCGGAUUCCGGUGCAGUGGCCUGCGAGCUUACAUAAGAUAUGGCAUGACAACAUGCCACACAACAAGAUUGCCGAGAGGAAAGGUCAUCAGGGAUGGAUGAAGCUCGAAGGACCGCAUUUUAUAUUCCCUGGAGGUGGCACGAUGUUUCCAGAUGGGGCAGAGCAAUAUAUUGAAAAACUUGGUCAAUACAUUCCAAUAAGUGGUGGCACCUUGAGGACCGCUCUUGAUAUGGGUUGUGGGGUUGCCAGUUUUGGAGGAUAUUUACUAUCUCAAAACAUUUUAACUAUGUCUUUUGCUCCAAGAGAUUCCCAUAAAUCACAGAUACAAUUUGCGGUUGAAAGAGGAGUACCAGCUCUGGUUGCCAUGCUUGGUACUCGCAGACUCCCAUUUCCCGCAUUUGGGUUUGACUUAGUUCACUGUUCUCGGUGUUUGAUCCCUUUUACAGCCUACAAUGCAACUUACUUCAUUGAAGUAGACAGACUGCUUCGCCCUGGUGGAUAUGUAGUCAUCUCAGGUCCCCCGGUUCAGUGGCCUAAACAAGAUAAAGAAUGGUCUGAUCUUCAGGCUGUGGCAAGAGCGUUAUGCUAUGAACUUAUUGCUGUAGAUGGCAACACUGUUAUCUGGAAAAAGCCAACAGGGGAUUUGUGUUUCCCAAACCAAAAUGAAUUUGGACUCGAGUUAUGUGAUGAUUCAGAUGACCCAAGUUAUGCUUGGUACUUCAAAUUAAAGAAAUGUGUCACUAAGCCACCUUUGGUCAAAGGAGAAUAUGCUAUUGGGACGAUUCCCAAGUGGCCAGAGAGGUUAACGGCUAUACCUCCUCGGUCGACACUCCUGAAGAAUGGUGCUGAUGUCUAUGAGGCUGACACUAAACGGUGGGUGAGGAGGGUUGCUUACUAUAAACAUUCUCUGAACAUUAAGUUGGGAACUCCAGCCAUACGAAAUGUGAUGGACAUGAAUGCAUUGUUUGGGGGUUUUGCGGCAGCACUAAAAUCUGAUCCUGUGUGGGUUAUGAAUGUAGUACCAGCCCGCAAGCCAUCUACUCUUGAUGUGGUCUUUGACAGAGGUCUUAUAGGAGUCUAUCAUGAUUGGACCCUUCUUUCCGCAAAAAUUUUCAUUAUCAUUAACAUGUAUUGCAGUUUUCAACGGGUUAGUGUUUUGGAUCUGAGACGUUUUGUUAUUGUUCUCAGGUGUGAACCUUUCUCAACGUAUCCUCGAACUUAUGAUCUGAUCCAUGUGGCCGGCAUUGAGUCACUUACAAAAGAUCCAGCUUCUGGCAAAAGAAGAUGUAACCUUGUCGAUUUGAUGGUGGAGAUCGACCGAAUAUUGCGGCCAGAAGGAACUGUUGUGGUGAGGGAUACCCCUGAAGCCAUCGACAAAGUAGCUCGCAUUGCUCGCGCAGUGAGGUGGAGGCCUACCAUAUACGAUAAAGAACCCGAAUCACAUGGCAGAGAUAAAAUCCUAGUUGCAACCAAGACCUUCUGGAAGCUCUAAUUCUCAUAGUAGAUCUCACUUACAGCUUUGUAAUUUAGGUGAUAUUUUUUCUUUCUUCUCACUGUUUUGAGGCUAAGUGUUUCAAAGCUAUCUUCUGUGCAUCAAAGGCAUUAGGUUUUCAGUGUUUAUAUAAAGGAGAAAGUCAGGUGGAUAUGAGAAAACUAAAAAGAUGUAAAGACUUCUGUGCAAUUUUUAUAGGGGAAGCAUAAGCCAGUGUUUUUUUUUUUUUAAUUUU